AUGACAGGGGACCGCCAUGGUCCACCGAUCCUCCGCCGCGUAUCCGCCCUCCUCUCCAAGAAACUCACCGUCUGGCAAUCCGUCCUCAUAACACUGCUGUACCUCUACGUCGCCCGCAACUUCGGCAAGCUCGUUGGCCUUGAGUGUCCCGAGCCACUCGCAAGCCUGUACUCGCGUUCAUACUUCCGUGCGACAUGGGUUACGACCGCACUGGACGCAGGCUUCUGGUCUGCUAUGCGAAUAAAACGGAAAGGAGUGAGGGAUUUACUGUCGAUUGUCUUCAGCAUAUACUACAUGAUCUGUGCUGAGCAGGCGGAUGAGAAAGUCAGGAAGAUCAGAGCGACGCUCACAGUGGACCAUCUACGCGUGGCAUGGAACAAAGGAACGACACCGUAUCUGGGUGCGCUGACGAGCAUGAUGCGGCCGAGGUUGAUGGUUUAUCCGCCGCGCCAGAUUCGCAUACCACGACCGAGAGCUAGUUCGUACAGAGAGCCAGUAACAGGUUGGCUGUACUUCAACGGACCGCGGAGUGCAUUGAAGAAGCAAGACAAAGUUGUCUUGGAUAUCCCCGGGGGUGGUUUUGUUGCUAUGAACCCAAGGAAUCACGAUGAUAAGCUCAUGGGCUGGGCUGGCAAGACGGGACUGCCUGUUCUCAGUCUGGACUACAAGAAGGCGCCUGAACAUCCGUAUCCAUAUGCGCUCAACGAAUGCUACGACGUCUACCACAUGAUCAUCGCGUCGAGAGGAACUUGCAUGGGCCUGUCAGGAGAAGCAGAGCCCAAGGUGGUAGUCUCAGGCGAUUCAGCUGGUGGGAACUUGGCUGUGGCCAUGAUACUCAUGAUUCUUCAGAGUGGUUCCACCGAGACACGAAGAUGGCAGGGCGAAUCCCCUAUACCACCUCCCAUCGGCGUGGUGCUGAUCUACCCAGCGCUCGACAUGAACAUUGGCAAUUGGAUGACGGACGAGCAAAUGGCCCUCAUCCGCGACCGACGCGUGAGAAAGACAAAUCGACCUAUCUUACGGCAUAAGAGCGACGACUACCGACAACUCGCACCGAACACACCGUAUGGCUCUGAUGAUUCGGAUAGUGAGGACGAGCGCACCAAAGUAAGCAUGGUCAAUGGAUCUAUGCCCAAAACCAACGACGGCGACAUUACGUCUCCCCAGACCAUGAUCAAACUCUCCGCCGCACACACAGGCCAGGAUAGCAGUACCGCAACUUUCCAGCAACCUCUCAGCCAGAAAUCAAGUCUCCCACCAACACCUCUCGCGACUCAACCUCCCACCCCGGGUGCCGCUGCCCUCCCUGCACCACCCGCCACAGCCAUCAAAACCCGCCUCGCAAUGUCCAGCAUGAUAUCCUACUUCAACGACCGCAUUCUCACCCCCGAAAUGAUGCGCGCCAUGAUCAUCCUCUACAUCGGCCCGCACCACCGUCCAGAUUUCAGCACCGACUACCUCCUGUCCCCGCUCCUAGCACCAGAAUCUCUCCUAGCGAAGUUCCCACGCACAUGGAUGUUGACAGGCGAGCGCGACCCCCUGGUCGAUGACACUGUCAUUUUCGCAGGCAGAUUACGUCAGGCGAAACGCGCAGAAUGGGUUGCAGCGAAAGAGUUGGGUCUAGAUUGGGCACGAGGCAGUUUCAACGAGGAGGAUAGCGUCGUGGUCGAUCUCGUCCCCGGUAUAAGCCACGGUUUCCUCCAAUUCGUCGGCGUAUUCCCCGAAGGCUGGAAGUAUAUUUUCAAAUGCGGAAAAUGGAUUACCGAGGCUUUUGAAGAAACGGACUCAAGAAGAUAUGGGUACGAUGCCGAGACACCGGGGUACACGCCUGCCGCGGGCACGGCUACAAGGAGAAGAGAGGGAGGCGAUUACUUCGGUACAAUAGGCCUUGCGGAUGCUAUUGAUGGUCUUACGAGUCCGAGGUUUAGCCGCAGGAGACAUCAUAGGAGGUCUGGCACGGCGAGUUCGGCUGAUGAGGAUAGACCCUUGGAGAUGACGGUGCUGGGGAAGGGGAAGAGGAGUCCGCAGAAGGAUGGGGGUGAAGGUGUGGCUGGUGGGAGAGGGGCUGGAAGGGAGAGGGGUAGGAUGAAGAGUGAUAGGGGGAGGAGGAAGAGUUUGGUUAGUUUGGCGAGUGAGGAUGAUUUGUUGGGGAGGAGGAUGAAGAGUUUGACGGGGGCGUUGGGGGGUGAUGGGGGGAUUUGA